AUGGCUGAGCAUGAGGAGUAUUGUGCUAGCAAUAAUACAGCAAGAAUCAUCAUGCCACAGGUUGGAAAAGAUGGUAAACCUCCAACCUUGAAGUUUGAUAAACAUGUGCAAAAGUACAGAGUACCUGUUGCAGCAUAUGCCGAUUCCGAGUGCAUCCUGGAGAAACCUGAUGAAGACAAUGAACAAUGGAUUGGUGAAGCUACCAAAGUUAUCCAGUAUCAUCGGGCAAUGAGUUACUGCUUAUACUUUGUGCGGGACCCAUAUUUGGAAGAUUCCUGGCUGACAAUCACUAACCUAAUCCCUCAUGAGCUGAUUGUCUACAGGUGUCCUGAUGCCGCCAAACAUUUCAUGAAGACCCUCACCAAGUAUGCAAAAGAUUUAGAUGAGGCAAUUGACUGCAGGAAUAUCAAGUUGCUCCCACUAACCAAAAGAGAGAAAGAACGACAUAAUGCAGCUGAUUUCUGUGAGGCCUGCAAUGAACGGUUCAAUAAAGAUAAGGUGUAUGACCAUUGUCAUAUAACUGGUAUCUACCGGAAUGCAUUAUGCCGGAAAUGCAACCUGCAGCAAGAGCAACAAUCAUUCAUACCAGUGUUUCUCCACAACUCUUCAAACUACAAUACACACCUCAUUAUUCCAGAGCUGGGUAGAGAUAAGGAUCGGCUGUCUGUCAUCCCAAACUCAUUGGAAAAGUAUAUAUCAUUCACCAAACAAAUAUCUCCAAAAAUGCACCUUCGAUUCAUCGAUACAUUCUGGUUUACACCUGAUAGUUUAGACAAUCUGGUCACCAACCUAGUCAAAUCAGCAUUGAAUCUGGAAGACUUGUCCAAAGUGCUAUCACAUACUGCCAAAGUGUUUGGGAACAAAUUGAGCCUUGUCUCAAGGAAAGGAGUGUUUCCAUACGACUACUGUGAUUCAUGGCAGAGACUCAAAGAAACAUUGCUACCACCCAAAGAGGCAUUUUUCAGCAAGCUGGUUGAUAGGAGUAUUAGCAAUGAUGAUUAUGAACAUGCUCAAACUGUGUGGAACCAAUUCAGUUGUAAAACUCUGGGAGAAUACAGUGACCUAUACUUGAAAACAGAUGUUCUCCUGCUGGCUGAUGUCUUUGAGAGCUUCCGCAAUGUAUGCAUGAAGACUUAUGAUUUGGAUUGUGCUCACUACUUUACAUCUCCAGGCUUUUCCUUUGAUGUCAUGCUGAAAUAUACUAAAGUCGAGCUUGAGCUCCUUACUGACUAUGACAUGUACAUGUUUAUCGAGCAAGGUAUCAGAGGAGGAAUAACAAAUUGUAUACACCGUCAUGCUGUAGCCAACAAUGCCUACACAGGAGCGCCUAUUGACCCUGAGAAGCCUACAUCAUAUCUCUUGUACACAGAUGCGAACAACCUGUACGGUUGGGCAAUGUGCCAACCACUUCCAUGCCGGAAAUUCCAGUGGAUGGAGAAAGAUGAGUUGGAGGGGGUGAGCAGAGGUAUAGAGGGUGUUGGAGAUGUUGAAAAGAUUGGCUACAUCUUGGAGGUGGACAUUGAGUACCCUUCUGAAUUGCAUGAUGAGCACAACGACUUCCCAUUCCUGGCAGAGAACAAAAAAACUCUUAAAUCUAAUCAUGUACGACUCAUGACAGCUCUAAGCAAGCGUGAACGAUAUGUAUGUCAUUACCACACCCUCAAGCAAGCAGUACAGCAUGGAUUGAAAAUCACUAAAGUUCAUCGAGGUGUGCGGUUUGAGCAGGAGGACUUCCUAGCACCCUACAUCAUGCUAAACACCAGACUUCGACAGCAGUCGAAGAAUAAGUUUGAGAAAAAUUUCUUCAAACUUAUGAACAACGCUGUGUUUGGUAAGACAAUGGAGAAUGUGCGAAAAAGGGUGAGUAUGGAGCUGGUGAAUGACGAGAAUCGAUUGAAGAAACUGAUUGCUCAACCAGUGUACAAGGACCGCAUCAUCUUUGGCGAGAAUAUCUGUGCUGUUACGAUGCAUAAAGAGAAAGUGGAGCUGAACAAACCUAUCUACAUAGGGUUAUCAGUGCUCGACAUCAGCAAAACCCUCAUGUAUGAAUUCCAUUAUAACAUCAUGAAGCCCAUCUAUAAGGACCGUCUUCAACUCCUAUAUCAAGAUACUGAUAGCUUAUUCUACCUUGUCAAGACAGAGGACAUGUACAACGACAUCAUCAAUAAUCAGCAGCUCAGAGAUACCUUUGACACCUCAGAGUACCCUGCAGACCACCCAUGCUACUCAGAUGCAAACAUAAUGGUGCUUGGCAAGUUUAAAGAUGACUAUGCUGGCCGAGCGCCACUUGAGUAUGUAGGCUUACGAUCGAAGCUAUAUGCCUGUAGGUGUUACAAUAGUGAUCCAAAUCAGCUGACAAGUGGAUUGAUAAAGAAAGCUAAAGGAGUGAGGAGACCAAUACUUGGGCGAGAACUCUCAAAAAUGCAUCCAGAUGCUGAACGUUACAUAGGCUUCCAAGACUAUCUAGAUUGUCUAUAUGGUGAUGAGGAUAUCUAUAGAGAACAAGUGAUGUUUGAUACUAGGAAACAUCAGAUCAUGACCCAAGUCAUGAGAAAGAAGGCAUUGAGCAAAGCUGAUGAGAAGAGGAAGUGUCAACAAAUCCACUGCGCACAUGUCUUUGCCCCACAUUCACAUCGCAAGACUUUUUGGAAGCGGUCAUCAUCAGUUGAGGUCUGUGCACCGUGCUGUAAAGAACUAGCAUCAGCUACAACUAGAACUCCUGCUACUACUCCAGCUAGUACUCCUGCUGUUACCACUACCACUGCCAACAUCAGCCUGCAGUGGAGCAAGCAGAUAUGUGUGAGUGUGGAGACUGUCUACUAG